UCGAUGUCAAAUUUGUUACUAACAACAAGACUUGUUUGUCUUGUCAGUGUUGUGCUGUUCGUGGAUCAACGUUAACAUUACCGAGAAUGGACAGACCCGGACCUUCCUUCAACAUGGGUUCUCCCCUACCAGGCCAGGUGAAUGGCGGAUUCACCAUGUCAGACGGAGACGACAUAACCGUAACUAGUAUGUCUGGGAACAACAGGGUAGCCACCAGAAAGGCAACUGAGGACAGAUUCCAGGCGUUUGCCGAUCCCGACAGGAUUGAAAAAGGCGAGCCCAAGUUUGAGUCGUUCACAGAAGAGUACCCUGCGGACCCCUCUAUCCUGUCUGCUAUGGAGAGAACACUGGCCGCCUUCAUGAACCAAGGGUUGCUAUUGGUGGGAAUCGGCACGGCGUUGAUGACGUUUAACCAAUACGGACCGAACAUCGUGGGGUGGGUGCUGGUGCCGGUUGGGGUGCUUCAUAUCGUCUGGUCUUGGUACGAGUUCUACCUCCGGCUCCACAGGCUGCAGAAAGGAUCGGACAGGCCGCUAUCCAACAGACGCAGCCUGUGGUGGACGGGCGCCCUAGUUUUGCUGAUCGUGGCUGCCUCUGCCGUGGAGCUGUCCUGUCUGUCUGUCUGUGUCUCUCCCAUCCUCACGCGUGUAUUUUCUCCCCCCAGACGGAGUCUGUGGUGGACGGGCGCCCUAGUUUUGCUGAUCGUGGCUGCCUCUGUCGUGGAGCAGUCCUGUCUACGCAGCCUGUGGUGGACGGGCGCGCUAGUUCUGCUGAUCGUGGCUACCUCCGCCAUGGAGCUGUCCUUUCUACGCAGCCUGUGGUGGACGGGCGCCCUAGUGUUGCUGAUCGUAGCUGCCUCCGCCGUGGAGCUGUCCUGUAACAUCAUCUACGGAGCCUUUGUGCGCGUCACCUUCCCGGACGGGGAGCAGCAGGGGAUGGCAACAACCGCGAAUCCUUAA